CCGGGCUCCUGGAGGCGGCGCUGCGGAGGUUCGCGGGAGACGCGCGGCGCGCGGGGCUAGCGGGCGGCCGAGCGGACAGCGGCUGGGCGCUCUGGGGCGGCCGGCGGGGCCGAGCGCCGCGCGUCCCGAGCAUGGCGGGCUCCCUGCCUCCCUGCGUGGUGGACUGUGGCACCGGGUAUACCAAGCUUGGCUACGCAGGCAACACUGAGCCCCAGUUCAUUAUUCCUUCAUGUAUUGCCAUCAGAGAGUCAGCAAAGGUAGUUGACCAAGCCCAAAGGAGAGUGUUGAGGGGAGUUGAUGACCUUGACUUUUUCAUAGGAGAUGAAGCCAUCGAUAAACCUACGUAUGCUACAAAGUGGCCAAUAAGACAUGGAAUCAUUGAAGACUGGGAUCUUAUGGAAAGGUUCAUGGAGCAAGUGGUUUUUAAAUAUCUUCGAGCUGAACCUGAGGACCAUUAUUUUUUAAUGACAGAACCUCCACUCAAUACGCCAGAAAACAGAGAGUAUCUUGCAGAAAUUAUGUUUGAAUCAUUUAAUGUACCAGGACUCUACAUUGCAGUUCAGGCAGUGCUGGCCUUGGCGGCAUCUUGGACAUCUCGACAAGUGGGUGAACGUACGUUAACAGGGAUAGUCAUUGACAGCGGAGAUGGAGUCACCCAUGUUAUUCCAGUGGCAGAAGGUUAUGUAAUUGGAAGCUGCAUCAAACACAUCCCGAUUGCAGGUAGAGAUAUUACGUAUUUCAUUCAACAGCUGCUAAGGGAGAGGGAGGUGGGAAUCCCUCCUGAGCAGUCACUGGAGACCGCAAAAGCCAUUAAGGAGAAAUACUGUUACAUUUGCCCCGAUAUAGUCAAGGAAUUUGCCAAGUAUGAUGUGGAUCCUCGGAAGUGGAUCAAACAGUACACGGGCAUUAAUGCGAUCAACCAGAAGAAGUUCGUUAUAGAUGUUGGUUAUGAACGGUUCCUGGGACCUGAAAUAUUCUUUCAUCCGGAGUUUGCCAACCCAGACUUCAUGGAGUCCAUCUCGGACGUUGUUGAUGAAGUGAUACAGAACUGCCCCAUCGAUGUGCGGCGUCCACUGUAUAAGAAUGUCGUUCUCUCAGGAGGCUCCACUAUGUUCAGGGAUUUCGGACGCCGACUGCAACGAGAUUUGAAGAGAGUAGUGGAUGCCAGGCUGAGGCUCAGUGAGGAGCUCAGCGGCGGGAGGAUCAAGCCGAAGCCUGUGGAGGUGCAGGUGGUCACGCAUCACAUGCAGCGCUAUGCAGUGUGGUUCGGAGGCUCCAUGCUGGCCUCGACUCCGGAGUUCUUUCAGGUCUGCCACACCAAGAAGGACUAUGAAGAGUACGGGCCCAGCAUCUGCCGCCAUAACCCCGUCUUCGGAGUCAUGUCCUAGUGUCUGCCUGAAAGCGUCGUCUGAUGGUGUCACGUUGGGGAACAAGUGUCCUUCAGAACCCAGAGAAGGCCGCCGUUCUGUAAAUAGUGACGUCGGUGUUGCUGCGGAGCAGCGUGCUUGCAUUGCCGGUGCAUGAGGCGCGGCGCGGUCCUUCAGUCAAAGCCAUUUAUCCGUGUGCCGACGCUGUCUGCCAGCCUCCUCCCUCAUCCGCCCUCCUUCCCCACGUUUCUCCUCCUCCUUUCCUCCUCCUCCUGCUUCUCCUCCUCCUCCUUUCCUCCUCCUCCACCAUCUCCUCCUCUUCCUCCUCCACCUCCUCUUCCUCCUCCUCCUCCACCUCCUCUUCCUCCUCCUUCUCCUCCUCCUCUUCUUCCUCCUCUUCCUCCUGCUCCUCCUCCUCCACCUCCUCUCCCUCCUCCUCCACCUCCUCUUCCUCCUCCUUCUCCUCCUCCUCCUCUUCCUCCUCCUCCUCCUCCUCCUCCUCCUCCUCCUCCUCCUCCUCCUCCUCCUCCUCCUCCUCCUCCUCCUCCUCGAGCUGCUAGCUGACAAAUACAAUUCUGAAGGAAUCCAAAUGUGACUUUGGAAAUCAUCAGAGAAAACAACCUUAGAAAAUGGCACAAAAUCGUUGUGCACCAGGAGAGAAUGUGGGGGCGCAAACCCUUUUCUUCCCAGCCUAUUUUUGUAAAUAAAAUGUUUAAACUUGAAAUACAAAUCGAUGUUUAUAUUUCCUAUCCUUUUGUAUUUUAUGGUAUUUGGUACAACUGGCUGAUACUAAGCACGAAUAGAUAUUGAUGUCAUGGAGUGCUGUAAUCCAGAGUUUUUAAUUGUGAGGCAUGUUCCGAUAUGUUUAUAGGCAAACAAAUAAAACAGCAAACUCUUUUGCCACGUUUGCUAGAAAAUGAUUAUACUUUAUUGGAGUGACAUGGAGUUUGAACACUAAACUGUAUUGUAUGAGAAUUACUACAGAUCAUGUAUCUUUUAAUUUUUUUGUUUGAACUUUCUGGAGCUGUUUUAUAGAAGAUGAUGGUUUGUUGUCGGUGAGUGUUGGAUGAAAUACUCCCUUGCACCAUUGUAAUAAAAGCUGUUAGAAUAUUUAUAAAUA